CAGCUUUAUAAGAGACCAGACAAGAGCACUGAUUGGCAAGGGAUGCUGGGAGCUUCAGGGCUCUUGCCAGACAGGCAGAGGAAAGCAGGAGAGGUUGUCUUGGAAGGAAAGGUCAUGCUUUGUCUGAAGAUGUUUCCGUUUCUGUUCUUACUCCACACACAGCUUGCCAAGGCCUUUCCGGUGCCUCCUGAAGAUCUGGAAGAGGAAAACAUAAAAACUGUUGAGAAAUACCUACAAAAAUUCUACCACUUACCAAGCAGUCAAUUUCGGUCCGCAAGGAGGAACAGCACAAUGGUUGCAGAGAAGCUGAAGGAAAUGCAGCGCUUCUUUGGCCUGGCUGAGACGGGGAAGGCAGAUACAGCUACUCUGGAGAUGAUGAGGAAGCCUCGAUGUGGAGUGCCUGACUCUGGUGACUUCAUGCUAACCCCAGGCAGCCCCAAGUGGGCACACACUGACCUGACCUACAGGAUUAGAAACCAUACCCCACAGUUGUCAGAGGCCGCAGUGAAAACAGCCAUAAGGAAAGCCUUGCAAGUGUGGAGUGCGGCAUCACCCCUGACCUUCACCGAGAUCUCAAAAGGAGAAGCAGACAUCAACAUUGCUUUUGUCCCAAGAGAGCAUGGUGACAAUUCUCCCUUUGAUGGACCCAAUGGGAUCCUUGCCCAUGCCUUUCAGCCGGGUCAGGGUAUUGGAGGAGAUGCCCAUUUUGAUUCAGAAGAAACGUGGACUCAAGAUUCCAGAAAUUACAACCUGUUUCUGGUGGCUGCUCACGAAUUUGGCCAUUCCUUGGGACUCUCUCACUCUUCUGAUCCUGGCGCCUUGAUGUAUCCCAACUAUGCUUACAAUGAGCCCAGCACCUACUCCCUGCCUCAAGAUGAUAUCAACGGCAUUCAGACACUCUACGGACCUUCAAACAGCCCUAUCCAACCUACAGGGCCCAGCACACCCACAGCCUGUGACCCCCGCCUGAGAUUUGAUGCUAUUACCACACUCCGAGGGGAGAUUUACUUCUUCAAAGACAAAUACUUCUGGAGGCGGCACCCUCAGCUUCGAGAAGUCGAACUCAAUUUCAUCUCUCUGUUCUGGCCAUUCCUACCCAGUGGCCUUCAGGCUGCCUAUGAGGAUUUUGACAGAGACCUAGUUUUCCUAUUCAAAGGCAGACAGUACUGGGCUCUAAGGGGCUAUGACAUUCAGCAAGGUUACCCCAGAGAUAUUUCCAACUAUGGAUUUCCAAGCAGCGUCCAAGCCAUUGAUGCAGCUGUUUCCUAUAGUGGGAAGACGUACUUCUUCGUAAACAACCAAUUCUGGAGCUAUGACAAUAGAAGAGGAUCCAUGGACCCAGGUUAUCCCAGAAGCAUAUCAAGUGCUUUCCCGGGGAUAAACUGUAGAAUUGAUGCAGUUUUCCUGCAGGAUUCCUUCUUCCUCUUCUUCAGUGGAUCACAGUAUUUUGCAUUUAAUCUUGUCACUCACACAGUCACUAGAAUCUCAAGAAGCAAUGUAUGGCUUAACUGUCCAUUGAGUUGAAGUAACGUUGAAUGUCCUUGGAUCUAUGAAUGCACAAGGAAAACUCAGCCUGCAUGUACAUCCCGUGUGUCCUACUUACCCUUUCCUCAACUGUGGCUAACUCUGUAGCCAUCCUGGAAGAAACGGUGUCUGUAAUCUCCUGUUCUAGACUGAUUGCUUCUGCACAUCCCAUGCCCAGCUAGUAAACACAGAGACAGCAAAUCACUCUUCAGCUUAACACAGGCUGUUUCAUUAUCUGCCCUUCUGCCCUCGGCCUCCUAAACCUUGCUUAUCUGAUUCCCAGUAUUCCUGAAUCUCUUUGAACAAAAUCUAGCACUGGAUUUUGAUUACACAUAGGAUUAUAAACAACACAGAGAUUACUGCCCCUGUCUUUACAAAAAGAAAAAUAAAAAAGUGCUGUUGUCUCCUCCCUUGCGAGAACACACUUUUCGAAUUCAGCCAUGCUCUUCUUCAUGCCAAGAACAUUAAAACAAAACCACACUGAAAUCUUAACCCCAGAUGUGUAUCUGUACCUGGAGUCUUUUCGAACAGAAUUAAUGGUGUGUACGGGAGAAGAUGGCUUUAUUAAGGGUGAGCCCUGAGCCCACAUGUGUGUCCUUAUAGAAAGGGGAGAGGGAUGCACAUAUAACUCAGAGGUAAAGCAUUUGCCUAGCAUGUUUGGUUCUGACAGCAUUGGGAGAGGACCACCAGAGGCAGAACUAUACAUUGGAUGAGACCAAGCAAAGAGAACCAGACACAGGAGUGAUGCAUCUGUAAGGCUGAUUGCCUGUUCUUCCCCAGCCUGUGCCAGGUAGGACGGGGCCAAGCAGAUCCUGGUACUGAGACACUUACUGAUUUGUGAAAAAAUAAAUACAUUUGUUUUUCUACUCUAC